AUGAGUAAACGAGGAGGAGAUGAUCGCAUACAAACACAACAGUGCACAAUGACUGCAUUGGAAACAUCGAAACCAAUUUCAACAGUUGCAUUCGAACUCAUUGAAGAUGUCAUUCGUAAGGUGUGCGAGGAACUGGAUGAAUCAAGCGAUACCUUAACAGGCACGCAGUCUGCACAGUCUUCAUCAGCACUGAUCACGGAACCUUUACGCAGACGGCCCGGAGAGAGUCGAAUAGUUGCACCGUUACGCAUUCGUAUCAAACAAGUGGCUCGUAAGGCACGUGAACCACGUGAACGCAGACCCGCCAGAUCCAAAGACUAUUCGCCGCCCGGAUGGGGCAGCACACACACCAAACAUAAACCACAAGAUAAUAGCAAUCAGUUAUCACUAACUCAAGCACUGAACGCUUUAUCACAGCAAAAACCAUCCACAUCAAGAGGUAGCCGGAAGUCGUUGACUCCGUCGGCCAUUGUGAAUUCAAGUCCAGCAGCAAUCCGAACUUCUGCAAGACAACGGAGAAACGCGUUGAAGCAAAUAGCGAUGCAAAGUGAAGAGUCAGUGUCGACACCAGACGUUCUUUGUCUUGAUGCGGAUGUGACAGCUGAGGAAAGCAACGUGAGUGAAAAACGCUUGUCAUCGAUAACUCGAACACCGUGCACCGCUGAGACUAUCCGAGCUCGCAUCAAGGAAUCCGAGGGCUUGAUCGCUGAUAUUGGCUCGUUUGCUACGCAGUUCUAUAAUGAGUCAGAUUUUUCAUCUGGCCGAAUGAGCGUAUCAAAACACCAAGAUGACGGCGCGGAAGGAUUCAAACUGCAGGUGAAAGAGGAGCAACAGGAUGGCGACGAUGGGCCAUCCGAACCGAAAGAGCAACCGCCCGAAACCAGCCAGGAUGGGAAUGCGACAGUUGGGCAAUCAGACGGCCGUCCUCAACGCCGUAAAUCCGUCAACUACACACGCCUCUAUCCGGAAUUGUUCCCGAGUAAACGUCGUCGUCGUAAAAGUGUGCGGAGUGUGAUCAGUGACGAUGAACCGAUAAACAGCACUAGUGCGAGUGUCGUUGAGAAGCAUUCACCGCCGAUCAUACCGAUACCUUUCGAACAGCAGCAGCCACCCAAAGGACGGAAACGUAGCUCGAGAGGCAAGAAAGAUGCAACACUAGCGAGUAUUCUCUCAUCACCAGGAAGUGAUGUGGCUCGACCGGACUACAACGAAAUGGCCGAUAGUCCAAUGUUGAGUGCGAGUGAACGCAGACGCCAGAAAAAAAGUCAGCAACGCAGUUCGCACAAGAAAAGCACUGAUUCAACGACAAAUGAGGAAUCGCUUGCACAAGAGGAUUCCGAAGCGGCGACGGUGAAUACACCAGAUCAGCAGCUGACUGAAGCGGACGGCAAAGAAGAGCCUCAAAAUGAAAUGGUUGAACUGGCUGCGGUCAGUGUAGCCGAAGAAACGGAUAUGAAAGAUGAUUCUACGUUGAUGGUUUUGAAACGAAAGCAUGACGGCAGCAGUGCAGAACGAAAGUUAAUUCGAAAUAGUUCAUCUCGCAUCCGCACUCAGCUUGUGUGCAUUGCGAGUGAAUUCCCAAUGCGUCAACAACUGUUGGCUUUCAUAGUUGGCGAUUCGACUGCAUCUUAUUCUAUUCAGAGUCGACGAUCAUCAGACUGCAACGCUAAAUUGUCAGUAUCGUUAUCCGCCGAAAUGGGACAACAAACG